AAUGAUUUUAUUAUAAUAAACACAAACCUGACGACAACAAAAAUAGUUCAGCACGCGCAAUUUUGCGACCGUGCUGCCAACUUGACAAAAUUUUACCGGCAAACACGAAAACAGCUGGCAACACCAUGGAAUCAAUGCUGCUCGAUAGGCGAUAACAUGAAUUAUUAUUAUGAAGCAGCGGAUUUUUGAACAUUGGCGCACAUUGCUGGUAAUAAAAUGUCUAUUUCGUUCUUUUUAUUGUAUUUACCUAAGAUAUAAAGACACAAUCCAAAUCAUGGACGUGCACGUUGUGAACAGUUUCCAAUUAUCAGAUGACUAGAUUGGAAACAAACACUGCAAAAAUGUUUACGACUGAGAGCAGACUAGCACAAUAGCAGUAUACUUAAAAGGGUGGCAUAGACCUUGUGCGCAACUGCUAAGCAUUCCCACACUAUCAAAAUAACACAAGUUUAAAACGUUCUAGAUACUUCAAUACUAUGAUUUAGCCAUCAUUGCUGCUGGUCGCAGCUUCCCCGCAGAUCUGAGUUCAGAGAGCGAGCUAAAAUUGAGAGAGGGAGAGAGAGAGAGAGUUUCGCACAAAUGCUGGAGAGCGUAGGCGCAAGCCAAAUUUUCUCGCUGCCCCCUUUUUGGAUGCUGCAGCAAAGCAAAAUGUCCUCGUUAGUAACAGAAAACUAUUGACAGCAGCCAGGUCUAAGUAUAGUAUAAAUGGCAAACUAAAACGAAAAGCAUUAAGCAAGAAAACAAGUUUAAUGCACUAAAUUUGAAAGAAAAGACGCACUAACGACAAAGCUACAAUAAUGGCGCAGGCCAUAGUGACAAAUGCUAAUAAUGUUACAAAUAAUAAUGGCAGCGUAGAUGAAAAUGAACCUUUCCAAAUUAGCGACGAUGAGCUCGAAGACCUUGACGAUGAUUGUCUGCUGGAGGAGGCAGAAAUGGGCGGCAGUGGCGGCGGCGUUAACAUCUGUCGUGGGCCCUAUGAGCGUGCCUGGACUACGGAAGCAACACGCGCGCUAAUUCACAUACGUGGUCCAAUGGAGGGAAGCUUUACCGAGGGCCGACAAAAGCGCACGGCCUUGUGGCUCCACUGCACUCGUCAGCUUCAGCGCUUGGGCUUUCGCUACAGCGCUGCCAAGGUGCAAAAGAAAUGGCACAACAUACUCAUUACCUACAACAAAAAUCUGAACAAGAAGUACAUCUCGGGCUAUGUGCACUGGGAGUUCUUCGAGGAGAUGUUCAAGUAUCUGCAGGGCAAGAAGGCUGACUUUGAUAUGCAGCUGCCCGCAGCAACAGCACAACAGCCACAACAGCAAUCGGCACAGCAGCAACCACAAGCAGCACAGCAGCAACCGCAGCCAGCUAUACCACAGUUGCAGGCUCAAGCAUCCGCAACACAGGAGGCACAAGCACAAGCAUAUAUAACGCCUGUGGAUCAGGUGCUCCUGCAACCGCAGGUGCAGCUGGACAGCAAGUCCAACGAUGAGUUUGACGAGGACAGCAAUAGUUUGUCCGAGGUGCGCCAGCCCAAGCUCGAGUACGAUGCAGAUCAAACAGGCAGCACUGAGCAGGAUAACAACGAUAGCAACCAAAUGGCCAUGACUGCCAAUGGCAAGCUCUAUGAGCAGGCACAGCCGCUGCCCCAGCUGCAAUCCCAUAAUGCUGACGACAUCUGGUGGAAGGAUUACUUUGAGCGCAAGCUGGAGGUGGAGCGUGAAAAAAUGGAACUGCAGCGUAGUCUGACGCGCGAACAGGUGCAGAUACAAAAGAUGUCGCUGGUGCAGCAGGAGCGCAUGGAACGCAUGAAAAUCGAUGCGAUCAACAGUCUGACGGCUACGCUGCAGAAGCUAGUGGAGGCCAAGUGCCGACGCGCCUAGAGCUCAAGCCAAGCAACUACUAUUACUAUAAAACUAUUUAAUUUAAGCGCUAGGCUACUUUGGAACGAUUACAUGUCAUGCGUGUGUAUUUGAUAUAUAUUUGUGUAAAUACAAUUUGGAGCAAAGGUUUGGAAACACUUGA